CUCCAGUUUUCCACAAUGCUUCUUCUUCCCCUCCACCACCAACGAGCCACGCGCGUCCUCGUUCGACGGAACCCGGCGGUCGCCUGCGCAAUGAGGCUCUGAUCGCCAGGAUGCCCGCCAGCGGCGCCGACGCGCUCAAACCCAGCGCCUUCCUGCCGGUGUGCACGGCCACCUGCCUGCUGGUCGGGGCAACCUCCCUCUUCUUCGUCUUCACAUGCCCGUGGCUGGCCGCGACGAUCUGCCCCGCUGUGCCGCCAUGCUGUGCCAUCCUUUUCCUUUUUGUGCUCGCCAACUUCACCAUGGCAACCUUCAUGGAUGCUGGUGUUCUCCCCGUGGCCAGCGAGGAUGAAGACAAGGACGAUGGGUUCCGCGCUCCGCUGUACAAGAACGUGGACAUAAAGGGCGUCCAAGUGCGGAUGAAGUGGUGUGCGUCGUGCCAUUUCUACAGACCUCCACGCUGCUCGCAUUGCAGUGUUUGUGAUCACUGUGUGGAGGACUUUGACCAUCACUGUCCCUGGGUGAACAACUGCAUCGGGAGACGAAACUACCGCUACUUUUUUCUGUUUCUGCUGUCGCUUACCUUUCACAUGGUGGCUGUUUUCACCUUUGGCCUCAUUUACGUCCUGCACCACAUGAAUGAUUUGUGGAAGCUGCAUUUCACUGUCACUGUGGUAGUGAUCAGCAUAUCAGGCUUGUUUCUCCUCCCUGUUCUGGGUCUGACUGGAUUCCACUUGUACUUAGUGUCAAGAGGUCGCACCACCAAUGAACAAGUAACUGGCAAGUUUCAAGGAGGAGUAAACCCUUUUACACAGGGUUGUUGUAACAACAUGGAGUAUCUGGUUUGCAGCCCAAUUUCUCCAAAAUACAUGGCGAGACCCUGCAAGAAAAAAAUUGUCCACGUUCAGCCUCCGUUCCUGAGGCCGGAGCUCGACCAGCAGAUGCCCAUGAAAGUCGGGGACAACGGGCUGCACACUUUAGCUCUUGAAAAUAAACGACCCUCAGCUGGAGCUGUCGAGCUGUCAGACAUCAAACAGAUGAAAAAUCCUCCGCCUCUGCCUCCUAAACCAGACCGGGGUCUGCUGAAAAGCCACGCAGCUGCAGAUGAUGUGGGACAUCACUCUAAAUCCGUCAUUCCCGUGUCUAUUCCCACUGUGCCACAGCUGCGGCCGGUCUUGGAGGCCAUAUCCAGAGGGUCAUCACCCAUUCCUCCAGAGCAGUUGCUGAAGGCAUCAGAGCAGCAAGCGAACAUAAAAGGUCCUGACCUCUGCUCUGGGUUCAGAGAAAGCCCUGUAAGAGGGAUCCAUCAGGGCAGUGUGAGCGUCCAGCCUCCCCUCCAGCCUAACACGGUUUACAGCUCACUACCGCUCAACUCCCGUUCCCUCGCCCUCAAACACAGCUGUCGGUAUGGCAGCAAAUCCCAGCUGCCUGCCAUGCAAUCUGAUGGCUGGAGGUCCAGCCCCCCCAGAGGAAUCUUCACGUCUUCCACGGUUCUGGCCAAUCAAAGCAGCAACGACAGCCCUCCAUUUAAUAACUUUAUCAACCCAACAGAACCUCAGCUCAUGUCCCAAAGAGGAGCCCCCUCAGUGAACUACCACUCUCACUUCAUGAUGUUGGGCUCAGAUGGGUCUGUGCAGUGUCCACCCCCACAUUCCUACAGCCCCGUGUUCAUGGGUGUCACCAGACAAUCACCACAGCCUCGAGAUUCCUCGCCAUCUUUAAAGGGUCUCACUUCAAGGGACCCGUCACCAUCCCUCCAAGGUUAUAUGCAAAGAGAACCUUCACCUGGCUUUCAAGGGCUGAUCACCAGAGACCUCAAAUCCCAGAGCAUUGCAUCCCGGGAUGUGCCCCCCCCUGGGGUGGCAAUGAGAGAUAUGUCUACCCAAAGUCUUAGAGACAGCCUUCGGGAUAUGGUUUCACAAGACACGACUUUACCGAAGUCCGCGGCUGCACGCUAUGACAACUUUUCCAAAACCAUCAUGGCAUCCAUCAACGAGAGGCGGGAGCUGGAGGAGCGAGAAAGGAUGCUCCAUCUCCAAGCCAGAUCCCAGGCGCACUACUGCGCCGACGUAGGGAUUUACGACAUCCCCAGCAAGAGGAGUCUGGCGCCAGACAACGCUGGGCCUCCAGGCUCCCGCGGACCAACGCCCCCAGCUUACGGCUCCAGGGAGUUUCUGAUGAGUACAGGCAUUCUGACUUAUGGCAUGAGGACCUCCCCUCUUUCCAACUCCUCAACGCUGUCUUUGACACACGGUUCCAAAACCUCCAGCUCACCUCUGCAGAACUGUAGCAGCAGCAGUCUGCAAAACAAGGGGAAGUCUUCAUCUCCCGCCUACUGUUCUUCCGAGAGACAAACCCAGGCUGUCCCCUCCUCCACGUCCACCUUACCUCGUUUAACGUCCACCAACUCCUCCGCCCCUCCUUACACCUCCUAUGCCACUGCAAAGCGCUCCUCGCUGCCGUUCCCAUCUGAAGGGAAGGAGUCUGUCACCUUGGGAGCCCUGAAAUAAAACUUCCUCCAUGUUUCUGAUGGUGUGAAUUAAUCAUCUAUGCAGUGUUAGCCUCUGCUUUUGCAGCUCCAAAAUCAUGUGUAAACAAGAGGCCGUUUGGAGUUUUCCCAUGUGGGAGGAUGUGUGGAAAACAAAUACAAAGUGAAGAAUGAACUUGGUAACAAAUAUUCUUGCAAAUUUAAGAAAGCAAAUCUCAGGAUAUCAGUGCCUCCUCUUACAGACAGAGGGAGCACUUCAAAUGUAGGAGAAGAGCUACCUUUGUGGAGAUUACAGCUCACUAUGACCAGGUUGUGUUUCAAACAAUGUAUUUCCUUUUCAGAUUUGUGUCAUGCAGACUAAAAACUUGUUUAGUAGGAUUUUUGUAGUUCUUUAUACGAAAUAAACUUAUUUUGCAAUUUGGA